CUUUCCGGACCAUGUGAAAGUGUCACGGGAACAUGCAUGCCCGCUUUAUGCAAAGACGGCUGGAGAGGACCCACCUGUAAUAAAACUUGCGAUCCUGGGUACUUUGGCAAGAACUGCUCCUCUGCUUGUCAUUGUUACAACGGUUCAAGCUGUCACCGUGUGUCUGGCCACUGUCCUGAUGGUCAGUGUGAAACUGGCUGGACUCAAAGUAACUGCAGCGUAGCCUGCAAACCUGGCUUCUACGGACAAAGUUGCUCUAUGGACUGUCACUGCGACAUGUGCCAUCACGUCAAUGGAUCAUGCGGCAUGUCUCCUCAAUGUCACGAUGGGUACAGAAUGGAAAAUGGUUUCUGUAAACAGCUUCCAGAGUGCCAUUGUGACAGGUAUUAUAACGCCUUAUUAGCUGUGUCUUCGGCCCUUGCAGUUGUGGUUGCGGCUGUAAUAGUAGUUAUUGUGGUUUACAGCAUUCGAAAACAUCGACAAUCUGCUGGAGGAACGCGUUCUAAGAGAGAAUCGUCUGCUCAAGAAAUGUACGACGACUUGAAACGAAAGUCAACAAACCUUAACUAUGACUGCCUUCAAAUGUCAAACAUUGAUCAAGAGGGUCGCUCAUAGAAUGUACGAAAACGUCGUUUCGUUGAGUUGUCGGAAUAAAUAUACUUGCAGACCUUGUCGAUCCCUUUGUAAACAAUGGUAUAACUUGUGUGUUUUGAAAUUUAUGAUCAAAGCGUUUCAAUAUACUUAACGUUACUUAAAUCUUGCCGUAAUCAAACAGCUUUGUUAACAGAUUUUUAAAGGUUUACUAAAUCAAAAACAAUGUGCUGUAACUAACUCUCUUAAAACUUGCUAGGGCAAUAGAAGGCGAACAUUUGGGAAGAAGAAAAAAAACAAGCACUCCAUAUUGUAUGAGACUGACAUUACCACACAUAGUUCUAUCAGCACUCGUUCAUAUGUUAUUAUAAACAAUAGCUUUGAAGUGCCAAUGGCCAAUCUCAACAUUAUAAUAGUCGUUGUCCAUGCAAUCAACAAUUACAAAAUACUUUAAGAACAAUUGUUACCCAUGCGGAGAAUGAUGAGAAUGAACUGAAAAUAGAAUCUGUUGAGCAAAAUCAUAUGAUGGUGGCCAACACAGUCAUGAAUUAUCAGUAAAUUGUCUUCAGAAUGUAUUUUCUUGUUUAUGCUGAAAAUCAAAUACAAAAUUAAAGUAUUAUUUUGCAUACAAACAUGAUGUCAUCUUACUGUACACACAUACCAAUCAUCAUAGUACUUUACUUUUAAACCUAUAUUACUAUAUUUGUAAAGUGUAUUGAUAUUCGAUCACGUUUAAUUGCAUUAUCGGCUUUUUCAUUGAAACGUAUUUGUUAAAAACAUUAACAUCUGCCGAAAUACGCAUAUGUUUUUGUUUUUUGUUUUACACUAAAUAAACAUAAUGAUAAACAGCAUUGGUGUAACUAUUCGAUUAAUAUCUGACUACAUGUAGGUGUAAUCUAUGUAUCAUUUUUAUGCAAUUUGAUUGUUGUUGGUACGGCAAUACUUAUUUUUAUAUCGAUGCAUGUUCAAAG